AUGGAUUGUCUGGUCUCGCACAUUCCCCCGUCGCUACGCUCCCUCGUGGAGGCCGGCGGGCCGCUGUACACGGAGCACGCCCCGUGGAUCGGUGUCGCGUUGGUCUCCCUGGUUGCUGUUUACGCGGGGUAUCUCUACAUCCGAUGCCAGAAAGAGGCUGCCGUCGCGUUCAAUGUCCCCGUGCCCUCAGAAGUGCGCAAUAGCUCGACAGGCAAGAAAUGGGAAGAGGUUCAGGGACAGCAGAAGCAGGUGUUGCAGGACCAGAAAUGGAAUGACCGGUUGAUCAUGAGCUAUUGUCCCGCCGAUGGCAGGGUGUUGGGUAAUGGGAUCAAGCCCGCGACGGUCGAGGAUGUCAAUGGUGCGGUGCGGGCAGCGCAGGCUGCACAGCGGGAAUGGGCUCAGUCGACCUUUGCGGAACGCCGCAAGGUUCUUCGGACUAUGUUGAAAUACGUCCUCGAGCACCAAGAUGAACUCGUGACGGCGUGCUGCCUCGACUCGGGCAAAACGAAAGUGGACGCCUCAUUCGGCGAGAUCCUUGUCACAGCGGAGAAACUCAAGUGGACGAUCGACCACGGCGAGAAAGCGCUGCUCCCGGACCGGCGGCCAACCAACUUCCUGAUGAUGUACAAGAAGAAUAUGGUUCUUUACGAGCCGCUCGGGGUGGUGGCCGCCUGCGUAUCCUGGAACUAUCCUUUCCACAACUUCAUCGGCCCCGUGAUCAGCGCGCUGUUCACCGGCAACGCCGUAGUAGUCAAGCCGUCCGAGCAGACGGCGUGGUCGUCUGCAUUCUUCCUGGAUGUCGUGCGCGGCGCCCUCGCCAGCUGCGGCCACUCGCGCGACCUCGUCCAAACCAUCGUGUGUCUCCCCGCCGUGGCCGACGCGCUGACCUCGCACCCGGACGUCGCGCAGCUGACUUUCAUCGGCUCGCGACCCGUCGCCCACAAGGUCUGCGCAUCUGCCGCUAAAGCGCUUAUCCCCGUCACCGUCGAGCUGGGUGGCAAGGACCCGGCCGUCAUCCUGGACGACCCGGGCACAGUACGCGGCCUGCCCUCAAUCGCCUCGCUCCUCAUGCGCGGCGUGUUCCAGUCCGCCGGUCAGAACUGCGUCGGCAUCGAGCGCGUCAUCGCUCUCCCAGACGUAUAUGACCGACUCAUCGAGCUCGUCGCCCCUCGCAUCAACGCUCUCCGGCUGGGCUCCAUUCUUUUGGAUACCGCCACAACCCCGGAUAUGGGCGCAACGAUCUCUCCCGCGUCCUUCGACAAGCUCGAAUCCAUGAUCGCCGACGCCGUCAAGCAAGGUGCCCGCCUCCUCUGCGGCGGCACGCGCCACAACCACCCGGCCCACCCGCACGGCCACUACUUCUCGCCCACUCUCCUGGUCGACGUCACGCCCGCCAUGGGCAUCGCCCAAACCGAGCUCUUCGCGCCCGUCUUCCUGGUCAUGCGCGCCGCCUCCGUCCCCGACGCCAUCGCCAUCUCCAACUCAACCCCCUUCGCUCUGGGCGCCAGCGUGUUCGGCUACCGGCGCGCCGAGGUACAGGCCUGCGUCCGGGGUAUCGAUGCGGGUGUUGUAUCCGUCAACGACUUCGGCAGCUACUAUGCCGUGCAGUUGCCGUUUGGUGGUGUGCGUGGAUCUGGGUAUGGUCGUUUUGCUGGUGUUGAGGGCCUGCGUGGUCUCUGUAAUCUCAAAUCUGUAUGUGUGGAUAAGUUCCCGGGCUGGAUUGCUACUGCUAUCCCGCCGCGCGUGGACUACCCCAUUCAGAAGACUGAUGGGGAUGCUGGUAGCAAGGAUGGCCCUGCUGCGUGGGAGAUGUGCAAGGGUAUCGUGGAGACGGGGUACCAGUUGACGUUGGGUGGACGCAUUGCAGGGAUUAUCCGACUGCUAGGAAAUAUGUGA